AUGAACGAGGCGCGGAACGGGAACGCGGGGCGUCGCCCUGCCAGUGACGUGGCCGCGGCGCUGCCGCCGUGCUGCGGCAGCCUGCGGUGGGCCUGGAUGCCUUCGCGGCAGGUGCACCUGAGAGGCGACGUGGCCCUACAACGCAGAGGCCUCAACGCAGCACAUGCCUUUGUCGAGAUGUCCGCCAAAACGCCGCCCGUGCAGCAACUUGACGAGCCCGCGGAGUUGGCGCGCAUGCAAGAGGCUUCAGCCAAGCGGGUCAGGGUGGUCAGUUUUCGAAGCGAGGCCGUGCACGAGAUCGCGGCGGAGCUCGGGCUGAGCUCGGUGUCGAACGGCAGGGGCCCUCAGAGGUACGUCUCCGUCGCGCGGGAGGACGUCGAGUCUCCGUCUCCGAUCCCCUUCGCGGUGGGCAAGCAGGCGUCCCCGGACCCGGCGGAGUCCGACGACGAAGGCAGCGCGGAGGGGCUGGAGCCAGGGAUCCCGGCGCUGUUCCGGGAGCACGCCUCGGGAAGCUACGGCGGAGGCCCGAUCUUCAUGCGGGCGGGCGACAUGGACGCGUUCCUGCAGGAGCUGGAGGAGGCCCUGCCGUCGAGGGGCAGGCGUGCGAAGAACCCGCGGGCGGUGGUGAACAGCUGCUACGAGGACGUGAUCCAGCUGCAGCUGGACUUCGGCGUCAAGACGAGGCAGGGGCUCACCAAGCAGUGGUUCCAGGUGUUCGUUCAGAAGGCCGCGGCCAGCCUCGGGAUGUCGUGCAUGGGGAUGCUGCUGGCCAUGGGCCACGGGGACGCCUGA